UUGUGGAGCUGCUGAUUGAUGUGCCACUCUCGGCGCUAGAACGCUUUUAUGGGCGCUGGGGCAGCGACUAGGGUCGGUUCUACUUCUUUUUCUAGGUUUGUUCAGCAGACAUGGCUGGACCUCAGCAACAGGGAUGCUCUGUAAACAGAGCUUUUCUGGAGGAAUUCGUUGCCAAUCAUUCGAGUCCGUUAGAUCCCGACGAACCUCUACCAAUAAGAUUGGUAACGUAUUACCUAACCGAUGAUGAAGUGGAAGGUGAAGUCGUAGACUGGACAUUGGAAUAUCUGCGGAAAAAUAAUGCUCCUAGUAUGCUAGCUUUGGAGAUUGCAAGGGAAACGGUUGACGCUGUGCUCAAAGUUGAUCUGUCAUCGUACAUAGAGGAGAGGCAAGACUUUGAAGAGACAAGCAUGUUAAUUUGUGCAGACAAGGUGGCAAAGGUGGUAUUCAACAAGGUGCAUGAGAUAUGUAAAGAAUGGAAGGAUAAUCCUCCCUCUGACUACUCGCCUACACCUAAGGUGUCAACGCAUGCAAUCAAGAACACGCGCCGCAAAAUGGAAGAUAAACACAUAACCAUUCCAGACCUUAACAGACUAAGGAAGAAGAAUGAUGAAUGUGGAUCUCCCGUGGGUUUUUAUGCUGUUUAUGAUGGCCACGGAGGGAUUGAUGCAUCCCAUUACGCAGCCACUCACCUUCACUGUCAUGUCGUCAGUAACUCGGAAUUUAAAUCAAAUAAGGCUAAUGCUCUUAGAGCUGGUUUCACUGUAACUGAUGACAAGUUUGUAGACAAAGCCAAACGAGAGGGAUUACGUAGUGGAACAACAGGCAUAGCAAUUGUUCAUGAUGGGGACAUGCUGCAUGUCGGCUGGAUUGGUGACUCCCAGGCCCUGGUCAUGAAACAAGGCAGGGCAAUUACAGUUAUGAACCCUCAUAAACCAGAUAGGGAGGAUGAGAAGAAAAGGAUAGAGGAGUUGGGUGGGUGCGUUGUGUGGUUUGGAGCAUGGCGGGUAAAUGGUAGCUUAGCUGUAUCAAGAGCUAUCGGUGAUGCAGACCAUCGGCCAUAUGUGAGUGGCACCCCUGAUGUAACGUCAGUCAAGUUAGAUGGGGAUGAGGACUGCUUUGUCCUUGCAUGCGAUGGUCUUUUUGAUACCGUAUCUCUUCAGGAUGUGUGUGAUGUUGUACAAAAUUGUAUAAACACUGACAGUGAAUAUUCAACAGUUUCCCAUAAGCUAGUGUCUGUUGCCAAGGAGCGCGGAUCCACUGACAACAUCACAUGCAUUGUGGUGUUUCUUAAUCCUCAAAAAAGAGAAAUUUCCUCCAUUGAUGAGGAUGAAAAAACUGUCAUUCUAGAUGAUACUGGAAAUCCUGUCCUCCCAGAUGACUCGGAGGAGGAGAACAACAAACCGAAGGAUGAAUCAGAAGGGGAGAAGUCAAGCGAUAGGGAUGGUUCCCAGCAGCCUGGCAACACUCAAGAGACCAGUACAAGCGAACAAAUUGAGGCUGAAAAUAUUGAGGCUGAGGAAACAGAAACAAAGGACAGUGAUUGCGAUACUAAUUCAAAUAACAAUAACAGUAUGUUAUUAAAAAAUGAUAGUAAAAUUCACUCUGCAAGUAACUCUGGUACAGGGUUAUCCAACCCCAAGAAUGGACACAAAAAUGUGCCUUGUAAGAAUAUGGAGACACUGUCCUUAGCUGGAAAUGGAUUGAAGCUUAGCCCUAGCCCUAAACUCAAUCGCAAAAAGAAAACAUCGGUGUCAUCCCAAACAGCGGCUCCUACUAGGAAGUCCCCAUCUGUAAAUACCAAAACAAAUGUUGUCAAAAACAAGAAGCUUACUCCACAGAAGAAAAAGAGUCAAAAGUCAAAGCCGGGCUUGUUAAGUAAUGGUAGUCGUAGUACUAGUUUACCCUCAGGGAAAAUGACAACACCUACACAGUCCACAAAAAAACCGUCAUCCACAAAUGAUACUAACGUAAAUGUGGUGUCACCUGUGAAGACAGGUGUGUUGGGUAACAAAUCUAAUCAAUUCAAGUCCAGUUUCAAGCCGAAGACUCUAAACUCGUUGCAGGGUCGAGUCCACCGAGAUGAGGUCAUACCAGGGGCUACAAUGUAUAAUCAUGUGUAUCAAAAAGGGUCUGUACCAGCUUACCCUGUUAUACAAUGAUGUUGUUGAAUCUUACCCACAGUGCAUCUCAUUUCUACUAGCGCAUUGUAUAUGCAGGGAUUUAGCAUUGUUAUCGAGUCUAGGUGAUUAAACCCAGACAAGUUAAUGCGUCUUUUUCAUGAAAUAAUAUUGCAUCAAUUGCACAUUAACUAAAUUAAAUGGUCAGCGAAUGGCUAUGUACAGCCAAUGACAGGAUGAAACACUCUGGAUAUUUCAUUUUAACUUGCAUUAUAUGUAUCAUAUGAUUAUACAGUAUGUAUCAUAUGAUAAAUGCUGGCUCAGAUAAAGUACAAGAUGCAAAAUUGUAAGAGAGUGACCUUUAGGCUUUGGUAAAAUAUGGAAAAACCUCCAUAAUUCAAUUGAAUUUUUUAAUUGUUUUAUUAAUAAGAGUCAAAUAUUCCAAUGAAACAUAUGUUAGAUCAAGAUAAUUAAGUUUUCAUUGAUUUAUAGAUGUUUCACUACAAAAAUCCUUAAGUUGAUUACCAUCCAGUUUGAGAAUAUGCAAAAGAAUAUUGAAAAGGUAUUAUUUAUAGGCCUGUUUAAAUUGUGAGGGCAUUUUUUUUCGAUGGCUAAUUUUCAAUAUAUUUUGUUAAGUUUUUUAACUUGUUACAGACUAUGUAUCUUUAAGCUAGUCAUACCGCUAAUGAAAGUACAUGUAUUGUACUACAUUUGUGAAUGUAAUAUAACAUCAUUGGCUUCGCCAGUGAGCCUACAAUUAUUUAGGAUGGCCACUUUUACCGUGAUGGCUUGGACGGCUUGGCCUGCUUGGCCUAAAAUCAGCUUGGCCUAGCCAAUUUCAUUUUUCUGGCUAAACCCCUGUAUAACAUUCAGUCAAAACUCUCCUGUAAAAAAUUGGAAGUGAUACCAUUCCACUAAUUUCACCCCGUUUCAACAAGGAAUCAUUGAGGUUACUCAUGAGAGGCAGAGGUCAAAGAUGUAUAGGUGCUCUAGUUGGACACUGGAGAGGAGCUCUUAAUUGUGGGAGGUCAGGGGGCAAAAGGCCCGUGGAGCUAAAGCAUUCUAGAAUAUCACUGGUGAAUUACAUCACCAUUUUGAUGAAUUUUUGUAUGCAAGUGGAGGGGGUGGUUUGGUAUAUCAAAGAGGUUUAGCUCAAAAAAUGGUGGUCAGGCCAAACAAUAGAAAUCCCGUAGUUAUGGGCCCUGAGUUUCAGAUUAUUGAAUUAUUAUUAUUCAAUUUGUCUUAUCAAAGGAGUCUUGCUCAUAUAAUUGUGCUACUUACCCACCUGCCUGCUUUUACAUGUAUUUUUGCUCAAUCGUGAAUUAGGACAAUAAAAAUAUUGUUCAGGUGCCCAAGCAUUUGAGAUGGUAAAAUACUAACCAUUGGGCUAAAAUCCAUGGUGUAUGUCUCAAAUUCAUUAAUUCAGGUUUCAAAAAGUUCUUUUCAACCUUUAUUUUGGGCUAUAGGCCUACUGGUAAAGAAUUAUUUAAAUUUGGUUUUAAACCACAAAUUCUAAAAAUAGAUUUUAAAACUUUGACAAUAUUUGAAGAUGUACAAUAUAAUUAAGUUUUUUAAACAAUGUGAUUAACACCAAAUACAUAUACUGUAAAGACAAGUUUGUUGCAUCAGUGGUGGUUGCCAGCAGGGUGAAAGGGAUGGGCUUUAAGCCCCACUUGGACAGGACAGAGUCUGCCGUCAGAAAUGAUUUGUCAAAUCGCAUAAACAAAUCUUUUUAAAACCAAAUGUGGCCAUAAUAUGUGGUACAGCAUCUCAUAACAGCUGAAAAUUGCCCAGUUUUUUUAGGUGUUGGUCACCUGGAACUCCACCAGUGUCGGUUAGAAAUUGUUGGACGGCCAUAGAUUCCCCUCCUCGGCAAGUGUGUUGCAUUACUGCUACAGUGAUUAAGAAUGAUUACCUCUGAUUUCAGAUUUUAUUGCCUUGUAAUUAUGACCGAUUAAAUUGUGAUUGUAAAAAAAAUGUUGGUGCAACAAAUACCUAGAUGUGGUAGGCCUGCUGUGUAUGUAGGUGGAGAGGAGGAAGUCUAAAUCUUGGAACAGUUUUAACUAUAAUUAGUAGCCUUAUAUUAUUUUACAUUUUGACUGUGAAAUUUAGUACAGUAUGUAUACAGUACUCAAAAUAUAUUUAAGUUAAUAUGUCAAUUUAUAGUUGCAGUAGUGUCAUUCUGUUUUUUAACUGAUAUAUUCAUGAUGUUUUUUUUUUGGUUUUUUUUUCGUAAUUCUGUCACAACUUAACAUUUUUGAGAACUAUAGAUGCAAGUUUGAGUGAGGUUGUUUUGCUUAGUGGUUAAAAUGCUUGCGUUCUAAUCCCAGAGUCCUGGGUUGAAUUCCAGCAGGAAUUUUUCCCAUGACUUAAAAUACAAAUCCAAUCCCAAACCCCCAUGAAGAGACUUGGUUGAUAAAGCAUCAUCCAUCCUAUGAUUGGGGAGUCACGCUGUUUGGAAACAAAUGAAAAAAAUUAUUAAAAAAAGGUUUUCUGCAUGGCACGCGUUAAAUCUCCGAACCUUUGCUGUGCCGGUGUAAAGGAAUCCCUUCAAUUAGCAGUUUGUACUCCAGUGUAUAAUAUUCCGAAAUGUAUUUGCAAAACUAUAAACCUUUUAUUAUAUUUUUCUAUCCAGAGAAGUUGUCUCGUGCUUCAAGUUAAAUGGAGGUGAAAAAGGCACAUAUUUUAACUUUUGAUCUUUAUACUGGUGUACUAUGAAUAUUUUUAACAAUUUCCUAUCUGAAAUGCUAACAGCCAUUGAUUAUAAAGCAGAUAUUUUUUGGUGAAUUAAAAAUGCUGGUUAAAAUGUUCUCAAUGUUAAUACAGGUAUAUGAUAUGUAUGAUGUACUCUUUGCUUAUAGUAAAUUAAGUUUUUAGCUUCGAUGAGCUCUAGAAACACUCUGCUGAUUGGUUAAUAGAUCUUUUUUGUAUGGGCGGCCCUUAGAGCCAGUAUACUCUACUGCCACUAUUAUACUGCCCUCAUCAAAGCUUUCAAGAUUACGAGAACUUGUUUAAAAACAAGCAUUUGCAAAAGUAUUGAUUGUAUUGAAUUAUAUAAUAACCUAAUAGAAAACCUUUAAUUUAUAUGUUUAAUGAAGUUUUGAGAACUGAGAAUAAAUGCGAGCUGUCUUGACAAAAUGAGUGUUGUGGUACAAGAAAUAAGAAAUUAUUGAUAUAUUAGUUAGAUGACUAUAUAACCUUUAUUUUGGUUUCUGAAUUGGGUUCUUAGGUUGAGUACAGCUAGAGUAAGAUCAUUUUUAAAUUCAGAUGUCUGAAAACAUACUUUAAAGGAAAUUGUCUUUAAAGAUAACUGAUAAAUUUUUUUGUUUUCCUAUAUUGUGAAAAACAGCUUUAUAAUAUGUGCCUCAAAAACGCUUUGCUACCAUGAAAUGUACAUAUUAAUCUUAUCAGAAACAUUGAAUCACUAUUUAUGUCAAAAUAUCACUUCAGAUUUAUUUUCUUGACCUGGUGUACUACAAGGCUUAUUUUGUCACGACACCUCACAAAUGUCAAAUGGCAAUCACUUUAAAUAACCUGGUAGUCUCUAACAUAAUGCAAUGAUCAUAGCUCGAUUUUAAAAUCAGUAUUGUUUAAUUUAUAACAUUGUUAGAUAAAAUUUAAGAUUUUAAAUGCAAUUAAUUUGAUUGGUUCUCAUCCUCUCUUUAUAAAAUAUCAUGUUAUAUGUUAAUAAUAAAUGUAGUGUUUUUUUUUGUAUUCCUUCAUUUCAAAAUGUUACAGUGAUGUGUAUUGGUCUGCGAGAAACUCUUUGUAUCGGUGGACAUUAUGCAAAUUUGUAAAUAUCCCAGAUCACUGUGUUGUAUUUGUCAUCUAAAUUUCAGUGUAUUUUUUAACAUUGAAUCCAUGAACUUUAGUUAUGACAAAUUUAUCUGAUUGAAACCAAAACAUGUUAAAAUUUUAUUUUGUACAAGGCUUUUCUCAGAUAAAGAUAUUUUUAAUAAUAAUCUUGUGCCUUUUUAAAAGGAAACUAUUGGAAAGAGAAUGACCAACUAAAGGUAAUUAACGAUGUCAAAACAUUUGUGACAGGAUACGUGUAGUAAUAUUAUUUGGGAAUUUUUCAGUUAUUAGAUGACAAUUGGUUGUAUGUAUGUUGUAACUGAUAUACUUUUAAGUGUAGCUUUGAAAAUAAUGCCACAGCAGUACUGUGUAGACUGGUGUUCUGCCCAGUGGUGGUCUGUCAGCUAUAUUAUUGGCAUCUCAACCAAGUAUUUUUGUCCUAUUAAGGAAAGGAAGAUUUUAGGAUGUAAAUUAAAUGAUGGGCGAGUUCAUUAUCUAUUGUAUUGUAAUCAGGAAUAAAAAUUGCAUAAAAAUCAA